CAUAACAGUUGGCAUCAUUUACGCAGCGAUACUGAUGUGAUAAUUGUGGCAUCUGUGAUUGGGAGGUGAAUAAUUCUGGCAGCCAUGAUAAGCUGUGUAUCCGUCUAUGUAUGUGUGUGUGUGUGUGUGUGUGUGCCUGUAGGUGUGCCAGGCCCCCACCAUAGGUACCCAUGGAGAUCUCCGGACUGAAAUAUUCAUUCUUGUUUGCUCGCCCAGACAGUGUGGUCCUAAUUGCAGCAUCAGAAAGCUCCACCUCUUCCUCUCGUCUGGCUUGGCUGCAGCAGAGAUAAACCUCAUCUGGGAGCAGGAUGUCUCUGGCGAAUAUGAGGCUCUGGAGUUUUUCAUCAGUUCCCGUGCCAACCCUACCCAUGCCUGGCCAAGCUGAACCAUCUUGUGGGAUUUUUGGCUUUUAAUUAUACACUCAGUGUACCACUUCAGAUGAUGGCUUCCACAGAUGGCACCCAGUGGUUGAAGGAACCUGAUUCAAUCAGACAACCUGGUUUGGCGUCAAACAUCCACCCUGCUGAAAUGAUCCGACGCCGGAGGCCAACACCCGCCACACUGUUCAGAGUAGCCGACCAAUCAUCUCCUGAGGAUGAUCAGUCCACCCAUCAGGUAAAGUGGGUUGUAGGAGAGAACGGAGUCCUCAAACCAAAACGAGUUAAUCCAAAUGUGUAUCAGCCGCCAUCACUCAAAGCUGUGCAGAAGAUGGCUGAAGCGCAUAUGCAGAAACUAGGUGUCUACCCUCCCUUGGAAGACCCUUGUGAAGGGGAGGAGGAUGAGGACUACUUGAAGGGAGAGGAGGGAGAGGAUGCAGCUCCCACCAAAGCUGCUGAUCGCCAAGAGACAGCUGCCACUGAGCAGUCAGACAAGUUUUCCAGCGUGAGAGAGACGGCCAAGCAGAUACAACCAGCACAGGAGGAAGAUGAGGAGGAAGAAGACAUGAAGGGGGACAAAACUGAAGCCAUGACAGAGGAGAACAGUUGUGGGAGUAACUGAGAGAGAAAGAUAGCGCGGGGAGAACAGUUGAAGGGAAGAUGUGGGGAGACUCAUGAUGGUUAAAAUCUGAAGAACUCAGAAAAAUCAAGAAAUGGGUUGUGUGUCUUUUUAAAUGUGUGUAGUCUGAAUACACAGAUGAGAUGACAGCUGUCAGUAAACUGAGCGAUGGAUUCUUUCGUGACCUUAAACAUGUGAGAAAAGGUUCUUGUAGUACUUCACCUCUAAAGGGUGGUUUUGAAAACGAGGAUGAAGAGGGAGUUUUUGUAUUAGUCAGCCUUUAUGAGCAGGUGAGGAGUGAUUUACUGACAGAGCAGACUACAGAUGCUACUUUGGCCCUGGUGUCCUUUUGUUUAUAAUGACAGUGGAAGGGCCAAGGUCAGCGUGACCAAAAACCCUGCAAGACCAGACCUUCAAAGAAGGCUAAAAUGGCCACAAGGAAUACAAAGUUGACAUUAUCUUUCUCGGGUACAUUUGAUUAAAAACAAACAAAAACAAACUCUCCCGUAUGACCCUUUGUAAAAACACUUGAAGGUCUUUAAAUGUGUGCGGUACGUGUUCCAUUUUACUUUGAAACCACAGCCUACAUCGUUUGUUUUUUGAUUUACAGCAGCCUCAGUGUUUAGUCCUUUGUGUGUGCUGCCAUCUUGUGGUAAAAAAUACAAAUGACAGGUUAAAGUGCUACUGCGGCUACUUAAAGUUAAAAUCCAUAAUUCAAAUUCUGUUUUGAUGCGAUUUAUGUUCUGCAUUUUCAACAACAGCCUUUUAAUUUCGCUGUAUCUGAGCUUCAUGUUGCCAAAUCUUUGAUCUUAUUGAUUAUAACUUUAGCCUCUUGGAAGCUUGGAUGGCGGUUGUUGCCAGUGUUAUUUGUCACUGACAACAACAGAAGUCACCAGCUUUAAUUAAAAUCAUCAAUUAUUUCAUUUCUAUAUAAUAAUCUACUUUUAUUCUUGCUCUUUAUGCUCGGCAUUUACCAAACAGUCAUGCUGUAGUCACUGAGUUUACGUUAAAACAAUUUGCAAUUUGUUUAUGCUUAGAUCAAUGUAUGACUCUUUUAGUUCAAAAAUCUUUAUCUAAAAUUAUAUGAACUCUGCAUUUAGCCUUGUUUUUUUCUUUUAAACCUAAAUUAAAAUCUGUAAAGCUACCUCCAAUUUUUCAAAAACACCCAUUUGCUGCCUCUGUGCAUGGCACAUUUGAACGGGAUUCUUCAGAAACUUAUUGGGGAAAUUUUAAAAAAUGAAUUGAAAAACAUUUUCACUUCUAAUCUAGGAUAUCUCCCUUUUGUAUGCUGACACUUUUGUAAUGUUAGCUUUUUCUCAUUCCCUAAUCGUCUGUUGAAAGAGAUAUUUUAUUAUAUAAUUAUUCAACUUUGUUUAACUGACAAAGCAAACCUAAUGAUAAAAUUUCUAGUUGUGCCACAGGAUGAAUAAAUCUUGCUGUUUCUAUCAUCUAGGCUGCUGUUUGUAAAUAAAACUUUGUGAGACUUUUUCAACCUGUGACCUGCCUAAAUUGUGGGAUGACUGGAUGAGCAGGUUAUGUGUGCUGAGGCUCUUCAGCCAAUAAUGUCCUCCCUCCUUCUUUAUAACCACCCCCCUCCUCAUCCCAGGUCAGAAGAAACAAUCGUGGAAAGACAUGUACGAAUGCUUAAUCUGUCUUUAUUUUUCUUUUUUUCCAUUCUGUUGUUUCUCAAUGUGAUGUGGUUGUUUUAAAGUGAGCAACUGUAUGAUAUCGAAAUAAACAAUUUUUCCUUUCUCUUUUAACUCAA